AUGUCUCAAAUUAGAGCUCAAAUGCAACGUGAUGAACAGUUUUUACAAAUUGAUAAAGAAGCACAACAAUAUAAAAAAAUGCUUUCAAACCUUUCUUCUAUUAAUAAUAUUGAAGAUGAUAUUCAAAUAUUUGACAAUGAUGAAUUUAUACCUAAUGUAUCAGAUACUGAAAUAGAAAAUGACGAAGAAAGUGAUAAUUCUUUAACUGGUAAUAUGAAAAUAACUGAUAAUUGGCGAAAUAUAAUAGCAAGUUGGGUAGAACUUAUUGAAGAUGAAGUUCAAGAUUUGGAAAUAGAAAAUAUGGUUGAAAAUUUUGAUAUUACUGUAGCUAAUAUUUCUCAAAUAACACAUCCUGUAAAUGAUAUGCAAGCAAAAUGGAACUUAUGUGAUAUAUUUACAGAUAAUUUAGAAUUUCCUAGUUAUUUAGAAAGUUUUAUAGCAGGAGAAA